AUGACGACUGAAACGAUCACCUUCAACCAUAUACUUGGCCAGGGUCGAGUGAAUCAACUUGGUGGAGUAUUCAUCAAUGGCCGCCCACUUCCGCAAGCAGUUCGAGUGCAAAUCAUAGAAAUGGCUUCAAAAGGAGUAAAACCAUGUCAUAUAAGUCGUCAGCUUCGUGUCUCUCACGGCGCAGUGUCAAAAAUUUUGAACCGAUAUGCGGAAACGGGAUCGAUCUCUCCAGGACAGAUCGGCGGCAAUCCUCGAGCGAAGAUCUCAUUGCAGUCGAUCGAGAAGCAAUUAAUGCUUACCUACGAGGAGAAUCCAAAUCUUUGCGCUGCGGAACUUAGACAGAUUCUCAUCGAACAAGAAGUGUGUUCGCGAUCCACUGCUCCCACAGUCGCAUCCAUAAACCGUUUUAUUCGCGGUAAAGGUUUGCACCGCGACAAAAAGCCGGAGAAGAAACGGCUCAGUCACAGUAUCGACAGUAUUCUUGGAAUUUCUCUGGAUUCAGACGGCAAAUCUUCUUCUUCGGACGACGACUUCUUUCCAACAUCGGAAUCGAAAAGAAAUCGAACAUCAUUUUCAGCCGAACAGUUAGAGACGUUGGAGAGUGCAUUCAAAACGAACACAUACCCAGAUGCUACUGAAAGGGAGACGAUCGCCCGACAAACAGGUCUCACCGAGGAGAAGAUCAUGACAUGGUUCUCCAAUCGACGCGCUCGAUGCAGAAAACACCUCCCAAUGUACCCAACUAUUUUCCCAGCGAUCAUUCCCUCGCCAUCGCAGACUACGGUAUGA